AUGUUCCGCAGGAACAUAGCGCACCUGGCGUCCUACGACGUGACGGUGAUCGGCGGUGGCCCUGGCGGGUACGUGGCGGCCAUCAAGGCAGCCCAGCUCGGCCUCAAGACCGCCUGCAUCGAGAAGCGCGGUGCUCUUGGCGGUACCUGCCUGAAUGUCGGCUGCAUCCCGUCAAAGGCGCUGCUGCACGCGACGCACCUGUACCACGACGCCCACGCCAACUUUGCCCAGUAUGGCCUGCGCGGCGGGGAGAAGGUGACGAUGGAUGUGCCUGCGAUGCAGGCGCAGAAGGCGAAAGGGGUGAAGGCGCUGACUGGCGGCGUCGAGUACCUCUUCAAGAAGAACAAGGUCACGUACUACAAGGGCGAGGGCAGCUUCGUGAACGCCAACACGAUCAAGGUGAAGGGUCUCGACGGCAAGGACGAAACGCUCGAGUCGAAGAAGACGAUUGUGGCCACUGGCAGCGAGCCAACGGAGCUGCCGUUCUUGCCCUUCGACGAGAAGGUUGUGAUGUCCUCCACCGGCGCCCUCGACCUCGACCACGUGCCUAAGAAGAUGAUCGUUGUUGGCGGUGGCGUGAUUGGGCUGGAACUUGGUAGCGUGUGGGCCCGCCUCGGCGCUGAGGUGACCGUCGUGGAGUUUGCCUCCCGCUGCGCUGCCACCACUGACGCCGACGUGUCCAAGGCGCUCACGGAUGCGCUGGCGAAGCACGAGAAGAUGAAUUUUAUGACCAACACGAAGGUCGUCAGCGGGACGAACAACGGUAGCAGCGUGACGAUCGAGGUGGAGGGCAAGGAUGGAAAGCAUCAGACGCUUGAGGCGGACGCACUGCUGUGCUCCGUGGGCCGCCGCGCGCACACGACUGGGCUGAACGCCGAGGCCAUCAACCUCAAGAUGGAGCGCGGUUUUAUCUGCAUCAACGACCACUUCGAGACGAACGUGCCGAACGUAUACGCGAUCGGCGAUGUCGUGAACAAGGGCCCAAUGCUAGCGCACAAGGCCGAGGAGGAAGGCGUCGCGUGCGCGGAGAUGCUGGCUGGAAAGCCCGGGCACGUGAACUACAGCGUCAUCCCCGGCGUCAUCUACACCAACCCUGAGGUUGCGCAGGUGGGCGAGACGGAGGAGCAGGUGAAGAAGAGGGGCAUUGACUACAAGGUCGGCAAGUUCCCCUUCAGUGCCAACUCGCGCGCCAAGGCCGUCGGCACCGAGGACGGCUUUGUGAAGGUGGUGACAGACAAGAAAACGGACCGAAUCCUUGGCGUUCAGAUUGUGUGCACGGCUGCUGGCGAGAUGAUCGCGGAGCCGACGCUGGCGAUGGAGUACGGCGCGAGCUCCGAGGAUGUGGGCCGUACCUGCCACGCUCACCCUACAAUGUCCGAGGCGGUGAAGGAGGCGUGCAUGGCGUGCUUUGCGCAGACGAUCAACUUCUAA